AUGUCAACGGCGGCAGACAAGCCUGCAGCGGAUCCACCAGUUGAAGAAAAGGGCGCAACCAAGGACACCGUCGCAGAUGCGCAGAAAGAUGGAGCAACUGAAUUCAUGUCGGGAUCCUUCGGUCUUGAUGAGCCAGAAUUCGAUGUCAAUGUGAAGCUCGCAGAUUUACAAGAGGAUCCCAAUAAUCCUCUCUACUCAGCAAAAACAUUUGAGGACCUUCACUUGCGCGAUGAGAUUCAACGUGGUCUCAAUGCUAUGGGCUUUGUCAAGCCCUCCAAAAUUCAGGAACGCGCCCUCCCACUCCUCUUGAAGGACCCGGCACAAAAUCUCAUCGGCCAGUCACAAUCCGGAACUGGCAAGACCGCUGCGUUUGUGCUCAAUAUAUUGUCAAGAGUGGAUCUCAGCUCUCCCAAACCACAAGCAAUCGUGCUUGGGCCCACUCGUGAGCUUGCGAAGCAAAUCGCAGGUGUCGCGCGGGUGAUGGGAGUAUUCUUGGAAGAGAAGGGGUUGAAAAUAUUCGAGGCUGUGCGAGAUACCUCAACACCGACGAAACCGGCAGAAGGACAAGUCGUGAUCGGUACUCCAGGCACAGUCGUUGACAUGCUACGAAAGAAUCUGAUCGACAAGCGUAACAUCAAAGUCCUCACUCUAGACGAAGCCGAUAACAUGCUCGAUAUGCAAGGGAUGGGUGACCAGUGCAAGCGUGUUAAGAACAUCUUGCUCCCGAAUACUCAGAUCGUGCUGUUCUCUGCAACUUUUCCCCCUCAGGUGCUUGAGUUCGCCAACAUCUUCGCACCAAAGGCAAACAGCAUCACCCUCGAAGUUGACAAGCUCACCGUGAAGGGCAUCAAGCAGAUGUACCUGGACUGCCAGAAUGACGAAGAAAAGUACUCAGCGCUUGUCAAGUUUUACGGUCUCAUGACUAUCGCCUCUUCCAUCAUUUUCGUCAAGCGUCGAGAUACAGCCGCCAUUAUCGAGAAACGCAUGACCGAGGAGGGCCACACAGUCGCUUCAUUGACCGGUGCGCUAGAAGGCGAGGCACGAGAUAAGGUCUUUGCCCGUUUCCGUUCUGGCGAAGCAAAGGUGCUUAUCACAACAAAUGUUUUGGCACGUGGUAUCGAUGUGCAGACAGUCACCAUGGUCAUCAACUACGAUAUUCCUGAAUGCGUCGACGGCACACCUGAUUAUGAGACAUAUCUGCACCGUAUCGGCCGUACUGGUCGAUUCGGCAAGACCGGAGCUGCGCUCAGUUUUGUCCAUGAUCGCAAGAGCUGGCAGGCGUUGAUGGCAAUCUGCAAACAUUUCGGCGUUGAGCCAACAAAGCUUGACACAAGCGACUGGGACGAUGUCGAGAAGCUGCUCAAGAAUAUCAUGCGCAAUGCACGCGCUGCGGUUGACAUUUCUGACAAGUGA